AUGCCCAUUGAGCUGCGCCGAUCGAAGCGGAGCCAAGCGGCGAACCCGCUGCAGCCAUCCACGCCUGGCAAGCCGUCGAAGCCAAGCGCACCGACGACGGACGACGCGACGAAGCUCGCGUUCGACGCGCUAGUCGAAGAGCUCAUGGCAUGGUUCAAGAAUCGCAACGAGCGGGUACCUCUUUGCGGAUUCGCAGCGCUGGCCAUGCGCGAACGACACGGCUCAAAGUCCAAGUGGUCGAAGAAGGAGCAAGCAGCGUUCGCAGCGCUACAGGCGCUGGGCAAGGACCAGGACGACACAACGUGGUCGCUGCUCCGGACCUUCUCAAAUGACGGCGACGAGAAGCUCUUCACGACUUGGCGCAUAGCUUUUGCGCCGCCCGAGACCGCAGCCACAUUGCUCAAGAAGCAGCAGGAGACCACUGCGAAUGCCGAGAAGAAGCGCCACCCCGACGACCAAGCUGCACUGUACGCACGGGGAUCCAAAAAGGCCAAGCUCGCGCUGGCCGCCACGUCGCCGCCCGCCAUCGGCGAGGCCAAGGCGAUCCUCUCGCAAGACGCAUGGAUCCAGCGUCAAGACGAUUUACUGCAGCACCAAGACGCAUGGCGCUGCAUCCAAGCGUCUUGGCGCUGCAUCAAAUCAUCUUGA